GACGCAUAAGAGGAGCUGCUUACCAUCCACCAAGGAAUCACAUUUCACCUUCAAUACUUCAGUGACUAAGCAGAAAACAUCCUGCUGUCUCCAAAGGCUUCAUUCUCCUUUGCCUAUGCCUGUAGAUCUUGCUGUGAUGGGUUAUCAGAACUAAGCCUGCGCAAAUGGCCCAUCUGCCCCGUAUCCUCCUGAGAACAGGGAUUUCUGAGGUUCUUUGACCCAGUUCCUCUAACAGAGGCAGGAAGGGGAAUCGGUACCCCAGCUGUACAUAGGAAGUGGGCAUCUUUUAGCUUAUCAGAAGCUUAAUGGUAUUUCAGUGAUUAUGAAUAUAACGUUCAUGUAAACAGAAAUCAUUCCAGUAUACCUGGAUCUAAAUGUAUUCUUUCAGAACAAUGUUAAUGUAAAUAUGUUAAUUAACACAUAUCUUGCAUGAGUAUUAAAAAUGAUUAAUCGGUGAUAUGAUUAACCAAGCCCUGUAGUCCCAAAUGAAGUACAGAGUAUACAUGUAUGUGUACUGUACAGGUAUGUAACACUUCCUUACUAAGGCAGCAAAUCAGGCCAGGGUCUGUUCGUACGUGAUUCCUAGUGGAAUGGCGAGUAAACAGUCGGGACAGAGAGAAGGGAGACAGACAUUUCAACUGAAGUGAUGUUCCAUUCUUCUCUGUCUGGGGCUCAGCUAGCAGCAUCCAACUAGCCCUACAUCUGUGAGGGUACAGGGACAUCUCUCAUGCCAAAAUAUCCACCUAAGGAUGGCUUCACCCCACCCUGCUGUCAUCUGCCACCUGAUAGCCUGAUGAAAGACGAGCAUUGGAACAACUCAAUCUUGGCCUAAGACCUUCAUUCCAGACUAUUUUUAAUUCCUUCCUUAUUAUGGAAAGUCUUGUGUAAUCCUGAAAUGGUUGUAUGGGCUUCAGGCAGCGAUAGGUGCUGAAUGUCAGGAUAAUUCAUCGCAUCUGCAUGGUUGACAGUCUGCCACAGUGGUGGAGACUAUCUAAUGGGUGACUAAGUGGACCAUAAACAUGAAUAUCCACACUUGUGUUCGGCACUCUGUCUGACUGAGGUAGCCUUAUAAAUGAAAAAUGAAUGACUCUGCAGCAAUGCACCAUUUCUUUGCAGUGUUUCCACCGUGACCUGAAAAAAAGGUCAUUAACCUCACAGGUGACAAUGGAUUUUAGUGCUCCAGUAAGGAAUUAUACCGACAAAAUGACAAAUACAAAUUCCUGGCAGAAACCCAUGUCACAUAUCUGCUUGGCCAUUGUGUACAACUAUAUGUCUAGCUGGAUUGGAGGGACUCACUGUAACAUACGGCAGUGUCUCUUAUUACGUGGAAAUAGCCAUAAUUAGUGAAUCAACCAGACAAAUAGCCAGGAAGUCGAAGACAAAUUAUCACUGGCUUUUUGAAAGCUCAUGCGGCACACACAUAAGAGCAUAAUCACCAGUGAGACUUUAUCACCUGUUUUCAGCAAACAAGUUUGUGUUUUGUACUAAGCCUUGCUUUAACCUGUUUGCUGAAUUCAGGUCGGAAGUGGGUUGUUAUGUUUUCAGUCAAGUCAUGAAGAAAUUGAAGCAGAACGUACAGAUAUACAAUAAGGGCCUUUUUCUGAUCACUGUGCUGAGAAGGUGUUUUGCAUGAUUUGUAUUGUCAGUACUGUGUAUUUAUUCCAUUUUUGCCCCUUAGGUGCUUACCAGGAUUCAGUGGGAAUCGAUGUCAAGACAUUGUGCCCAUGAAAGUCAUGAACCAAAAACAAGCAGAGGAGCUGUACCAGAAGCGUGUGUUAACCAUAACAGGAAUCUGCAUCGCUCUUCUUGUAGUCGGCAUCAUGUGUGUCGUCGCCUACUGCAAAACAAAGAAGCAAAGGAAGAAGCUGCAGGAUCGGCUGAGGCAGAGUGUGCGGAAUGAACGGAGCGCCAUGCCCGGCAUGGCCAAUGGCCCACAGAUGCACAGCCAGGCACCCGAGAGCAUUCAGCUGGCUAACCAAUAUGCCUCAAAAAACCCCAUUCCAGCAGAACAUACCAUCGAGAAGGAGACGUCCUUUUCUGCGAGCCAGUACACCUCCUCAGCACAGAACUCCACUGCUGUGACUCAUAGCUGCAGCCAGAGCUGGAGCAAUGGGCGUGGCGAAGGCGUCCUCUCAGACAGCCGGUCCGGCCCAGUGGCCUCCUCCAUGGAGAACAGCCGGAACAUCACCCCUGGAAGCCGCCGAGGACGGCUGAACGCAACCGGCUGUGCCCGUGACCUGAACGUGGCCUAUCUAAAUAACCCCAGAGAGACUCCCGACUCCUAUAAGGACUCUCCAUACAGUGAAAGGUAUGUUUCAGCCAUGACAACCCCAACUCGUAUAUCUCCAGUGGAGCUGCCUUGCCCAGCAUCCCCAAAAUCGCCCCCCUCUGAAAUGUCCGCACCCCUGUCAAGUCUGGCCAUGUCAGUCCCCUCAGUCGCUGUCAGCCCUCAAGGGGAAGAGGAAUGUCCCCUGCUGUUCACCACUCCCCCUCGGUUACGGGAUAAACAGCGUCAGGACCACGCCUACUCCAAUGGCAACCAAUACCAACGCAGUUCUGCCCACUACAACCACGGUCUCGAGGCUAACAGCACUCCGCCCAGCCCCCAGAGGACAGCGGAGGACGACGAUUACGAGACGACACCAGAAUACGAGACGACCGUGCCUCAGGCUUCAAAGAAGGUCACCGGCAGCCGCAGGGCCUCGAGAGCCAAGGUCAAUGGCCACGUGGCCCACAAGCCAGAGUCCAAAAGUGACAGCAGCUCUGAGAGCAGCAGCUCGGAGAGCGAAACUGAAGAUGAGCGAGUUGGUGAGGACACGCCCUUCCUCAGCAUACAAAACCCACUGGCUGUCAGCCUCGAGUCGGCCACUUCCUGUAGGCCUAGCGACAGCAGCAGGACUAACCCGGCGCUCCGGCUGUCUGCCCAAGAGGAUCUGCAAGCCAGGUUAUCGAGUGUAAUAGUGAAUCAAGAUCCCAUUGCUGUAUAAAGUGAAAAUAAUAUUUACCGAAAAAAAAAAGAAAAAAAAAAAAACUUAGGUCCAAAAUAAAGAUCAGAGUCACCACAAAACCUUUAUUUUAUAUAAAUUAAGUAUUUGAGGGAAAUAAUUUAAAGAUAAUAAAACUUUUAUUUUAGCGAAGUAGUAGUGAAUAAAGUCUUUUAUAAAUUAAAAAAAUGUGUGCAAAAUGUGUUCGUGUCAUGGAAGAAAGUGCCAUACACUCGUAUGUAGCGAAGGUCACAGUAUUUCAAUGGAGAAAUUAUCAAUGGUGCCUUUGUUUUCAGUUCUGUGAAAAUUAAAAUUAACUGCAUUAUGACACUGGGCCAUAUAUUCAAGAACUUCAUCAAGCAAAAGAUUUCCUUUAUUUAAUGUGACGUGACAUUCAGCCAGCAAAAUUAAUUUAGCUUCACAAUGACCACAUAGAGGUUAUAUCCAUAGCUGUAUAAUAACCAUAAUUAUUGACAAUAUUUUUGAUUUAUGUUAAUGCAAAAAAAACCAUAAGGAGUAGCAAAUUAUAGGGCAUGUGCAGGUGUAAAAAGCAUUUUCACAGAAUACUGAAGAAGAGCAAAACAUAUAUAUUUAAGAAAUAAAGAGAAGAGCAUUAGACACAAAUGUGCAAUAAGGCUUAGUGUGUUCUCCGUCACAUCAAACAUCAACACUAAUUGUCGAGCUUCUAUGCAAUUUUUAUGAUCACUCAAGGUAAAAAAGAAAACUUACUGAACAGGAGAGUAAGUAACGGAAUAGCAUGUGAAUAGUGUACGUAACUGCAAAUUAGCGACGACCCAAUGGCACACAAGCCAAUUAAUCGCAAGACGUUAAAUUGCUUUGUUUAACAUGAUGAUCCUCUUAAAUAUCAAAGAAUGUAUCAUGCAAACUAUUUCAGUCAGUUUACAUUAAGGCUGUAAAUCAUAAUUAUUAUUUUUUUUCAAUUGACCCAUAAUUUUAAUUGGCAUCACGUAAUUAAUGUGAUUUUUUUGUCUCUGUCAUUUUUAUCAUUUAAUGGGUUUUUUUUUUUAGUACAAUAUCGUUUUGAAUAUGUAUGAUGCUUUGAAUAUAUGGCUCAACUACAAAGUGUUGCCACACAUCUAUUGGCCAUUAAUGCAUUCUGGGAAUUAUUACCGCACCAUUUAUUUAAAAUGUAUAUGUAGAUAAGAAAAAACUGUUUUUUUUUCUUUUUUUAGAAGUUUAUUGCCAUAAAAUUUAAAUAUUAUGUUUGCAUUGUUUAACAUCAUGUGAAAUAUUACAUUAUUCAAAGUGUUACUUUGUAUUUUUUAUUCUUUUGUUCUUUGCAAUAGCUUUAUAUGUAUAAAUUGUAUUCUGUAUAAUAUGUUACUUUUUAAUACUAUAACCUUUUUGUUACAUUCUGAAGUUAGGUUCAACAUUCAGUACACAGCCCAUGUUGUAUGGAGUGAUCCUACAUACACGGACCAAUGUUGCCCCCUGUACAGAAACACCAUGGUUCCUCGAAAAGAAAUAAAUGAAUAGAACUAAAUUACAUAUUUGUCUUUGGCUAUGUAACUCUUUAGGCUUGAGGACACUGCAGUGUUUUGUCUGUUUUUGUUUGUGUAUUUCUUUUUUUUUUGCAGACCAGCUUAUCACUUGUCCAGUGUACACAGGCCCUUCAGGACAGCAGAAAGGUGUUACCAAAAACUUAGCUUUGAUCAAUUCUAAUAUACUCUUCGUAAAGCAGGUCCACUGAAGAAACGUUAUUUAUAUAUUAUUUAUUUAUUUAUUUGUGUAUUUAUUUGUUUAUUUGGGCCUUGUCUAACCAGAUGAUUAGAGAUUCUAUAUUUUAUUCAGCGUUAUUUUCUGAACAUCUGAUUUUUUUUUUUUUAGUUUGCAUUGUGGUUUGCAAUUCCUUCACAUUUUUUUCUAUAUGGAAUUUUUCCCAUAUUUUUCCCAUUGAUAAUAUUCUGUUAAUAAAUAUAAUUAAGAUGCACAUUCUUCAUACUUUUUAUUUUGUAUUUUGGGUCUGACCAUUAGUGUUCAGCUGUAUGACUAGAAAAAAUGCCUGAGUCUGCGACAAUUUUGCAUGUCCACAAGUCAGCUUUGAGUUGCACAAGAGGAAUGCGUGCAUGAUCAAGGAUGACGAAAUGAUCCAUCAGUAUGAUGACGGCUAUGUUAACAACCGGGAGUCUUCCUGUCCCGCUCUGCAUCCUCAUUAAAGAUGUGCCUCUUCCAGA